CUACGACCCGACCCGACUUGUUUUCAAGUUCGCGACUCUCUGAGAGAGGUAGAAGGAGGAGACGGUGGAAUCCCGGCACCUUUCUUCUUGAUUGGAUUGGGAUCUCGACUGGGAGGGCGAGAGAGAGAGAGAGAGAGAAAUUGGCUGCUGCACAACAGAGAGAGAGAGAGACGUGGAAUGAAAUCUGGUAAAACCCACGAGUAUAAGUGUUGGGCAUUGCGGCAGUGCUCAUUUGUUUGCUGGGUUUCUUCGUUCGUGGCUCCUGGUGUGUAAAUUAGGCUCAUGCCAUGUUUAGCUUGAGGCUUGCGGAUUUCCUCUUCAAGACAUAGUCCUCGAGGUUUCAGCUUUUACGGACUUCCAUUACCCUGCACCUUAGUUCCAAAUCCAGCUAAAUUCAAAUCUCCAUGAGCAACUAUGUCGCUCAAAUGUAACGAUUCCAUGGAGAGGAUUCAAAGGUUGAGUAUUGAAAAUGGCGAUUCUUUUCCACAUUCAGAGCUACUUAAAUAUAAAAGACGUAAAGUCUCUGUUGUCCGGGAUUUCCCUCCUGGCUGUGGCCGGAGUGUUUUGCAAAAUAAUUCAAUCCCCAUAAAAGGUGUGAUAGGUGAUAUAAUAGAGAGUUCUCUGUCAGUGCAUCAUGAAGUGUUGGGAAGUGUGAAGAUGUCAAAUGCACAUACUGCUUUAGACUUUGCCACAAAAGGAACCAAUAUUUUGCGUCUAGAAGAUGGUCACAGUACAGUGAAGGCUGCAUCAUCAUUGUUGGCUGAGGAUUUGGAAAGCAGAGAUGGAUUGUCUAAAAAUAUAAAAUAUUCUGCAGAAGAUGAACCUUUAUCGAAAGCCUUGCAUGGAGUGGUUGUUUCUGCUAGAAAAGAAGAGGUACUUGAGCCCAGUAAGUUGAGGCCAUGCUCACCACCCAAUUACCCCACCUUUGUUUCUAAUGGCAAAAACGUGAAGAAGGUUGUGGUUAGAAAAUACCCUCCUAGAAGAGUAGUUUCAGCUGUUAGAGACUUCCCUCCCUUCUGUGGACAAAACGCCCCUCCUUUAUCCAAUGUGGAGUGUCUCCCAGUGAUUGACUCUCAAAACAAUUUCGAGCAUCAUUAUAAGUCGUUAAAUUUGGAUAAGGAUGUAGAAUGUGUGGCAGAUAAUGCUCACAAAGAGAAACACAAUAUUGAAUUGACAGAGGAUGUGGCCAAGCUAACCAUGGAUAAAAUUUGUGCUGAUUUGAUUGAGGAAACUAUUAAAGCAACAGAGAUGCAAAGUAAAUGUGGAUUGAGAAACGAAUGUACAUUAGAAAAAUGCACAAAAACUUCCUGUAGUGAUCAAUCCAAGCUUGAUAACAAGUGUCAGAGUACUCUAAAUGAAGUGAAAGAAGGUUUGGAGGAAAAUUUCAGUCAGGAAAUUGUGGUUUUCAGAGGAGAGGCACCUCCAAAAGAAAAUAUUUUGGAUACGCCCUCCAAUCAGAAGCAAUUGAAACUUGUACCCUUGGAGGAAACCCUUUCAUCUGAAAGACUUAUUGUGUUAGGUCUUAUGGCUUCAUCAAAUUGUCCUUGGAGGCAAGGUAAAUCGAACAACAAGCCCUCUCCAGGAGGUGGCUCAAGUGGAAGAAAAUUGAAGAAACGUGGGCAGCUAGAGAAAACGGAACCAAUUUUAAGGAAGGAGGAUGCAAGAGAGAAUCACAAAAAUUCUUCAAAGAAGACAUCUUCCGUUAAAAGCGAUGCUGUUAAUGGGGAUAUGCAUCAGCUUGUUAUUGCAGAUAGCAGUAUAAGUGUCAGUGACGAUGAAAAUAACGAUUCUCAUUUGAAUCUUAGAUCCUAUAAUACUGAUGUGAGCCUUAUUCCAUUCUCUCAAAUUAAUGAAAUUGGAAAUGAGCAUGGUAGUGAUUCUAAAGGUACUAGGACUAGAGUAAGGGAGACAUUGCGGCUUUUCCAAGCUGUAUGUAGGAAGCUCUUGCAGGAAGAAGAAGCAGGGAAGAAGGUCCCAGGAAAUGCCUCUAGGAGGAUUGAUUUUAUAGCAGCAAAAAUCCUCAGGGAUAAGGGGAAAUAUGUUAAUGUGUGUAAACAAAUUUUAGGACCAGUCCCUGGAGUUGAAGUUGGGGAUGAGUUUCGAUAUAGGAUAGAACUUAAUAUUAUUGGACUUCAUCGCCAAGUUCAGGGUGGGAUAGAUUAUGUAAAGUGUGGUAAAAAGAUCCUUGCUACUAGUAUUGUUGCAUCAGGGGGCUACACUAAUAACCUUGAUAACUCAGAUGUCUUGAUUUAUACAGGGCAAGGAGGAAAUAUGAUGAAUUCAGACAAAAAACCUGAAGACCAAAAACUUGAACGAGGAAACCUUGCGUUAAAGAAUAGUUUUGAUGAAAAGAGUCCCGUUAGAGUGAUUCGUGGCUAUGAGUCGUCUGAUGGAAAAACGUAUGUUUUCGAUGGGCUAUAUUUGGUGGAGAAAUGGUGGCAAGAUAUGGGUCCUCAUGGUAAACUUAUUUACAAGUUUCAGUUGUGUCGAAUUCCGGGUCAACCUGAACUUGCUUGGAAAGAAUUAAAGAGGUCUAAAAAAUUCAAAGUAAGAGAAGGUCUUUGUGCGGAGGAUAUUUCUCAAGGGAAAGAAUCAAUUCCUGUUUGUGCAGUGAACAUCAUAGAUGAUGAGAAGCCACCACCAUUUAGUUACAUCAAUAAAGUGAUAUAUCCUGAUUGGUGUCGCCCAAUUCCUCUCAGGGGUUGUGAUUGUACUGCAGGGUGCUCAGAUUCUGAGAGAUGUCAUUGUGCAGUCUUGAAUGGAGGAGAGAUCCCAUUUAAUCAUAAUGGGGCUAUUGUUGAGGCAAAGUCUCUUGUCUAUGAGUGUGGUCCUUCAUGCAAGUGUCCUCCUUCUUGUCAUAAUCGAGUCGGUCAGCGUGGUAUCAAAUUUCAAUUGGAAGUUUUUAAAACCAAAUCAAGGGGAUGGGGUGUGAGAUCCCUAAAUUCAAUCCCCUCGGGAAGUUUUAUUUGUGAGUAUGUAGGGGAGCUUCUCGAGGAUAAGGAAGCCGAACAAAGAACUGGUAACGAUGAGUACUUGUUUGAUAUUGGGAAUAACUUCAGUGACAAUUCUCUCUGGGAUGGACUUUCAACCCUCCUGCCCGACACACAGGCGAAUGCUUGUGAUAUUGUGGAGGAUGGUAGUUUUACCAUUGAUGCGGCAAAUUAUGGUAAUAUUGGGAGAUUUAUCAACCAUAGUUGCUCACCCAAUCUUUACGCCCAAAAUGUUCUUUAUGAUCACGAGGAUAAGCGAAUUCCACAUAUUAUGUUCUUUGCCGCCGAGAAUAUUCCUCCCUUACAGGAACUAUCAUACCAUUACAAUUAUAUGAUCGAUCAAGUUCGUGAUUCUGAUGGAAAUGUUAAAAAGAAGAGAUGUCACUGUGGUUCCGCGGAGUGUACUGGUUGGAUGUAUUGAGUUUUGGCCAAGAAGUUCCAAUCAAUCAACAGAAUUGUAUGUUUCUUCUUAGGUAGAAGAAUGGCUCGGAAACUUACUAUCUUUUCCAAGUAGCCAUCGUUCGAGCCACUUUUUAUGCCCGUUCUCAACCCAUGACCAAUAUGAGCUCGAAGUUUCUUUUGUAACUCCCGGAACUUCUUCGUAGUGGCUCCGUUCAGAAAAGAGAUGCCUUGGAGGCAGGAGUUACUGACUUAUGCUAUUUUGAGUUGAAGUUUCAGCAGAAAAUGAACAAAACGACGUACUUGGUUCCAUCGGAUUAUUGUUUUAAAGGCAAUGUAUAAUGAAAAGAAUGCUCUUCUUAACACAACAGGCAUAGCUUUGAUGAUAGGGGGGUGCUCCGGUUUCAUUGAGAUGUGUAUCUAUCUACCUCAUCUAGUGUUGGCUGAGACUUUAGUGUCGAAUUGUAUUGCCAUGUAACAAUUUUCAUGUUGCAAAUUAUGAGUUGAUUUUUCCUGUUGUAAUGGAAAUACUGGGAAGGAUUUUGACCCUUAACCAUGUAGAUACUUUGAAGUAAUGCAAUAACAUAAUUAACUUGAAAAAA